GUUCUAGUAAAUCAGCAUGUUUACAUUUAAUAUUUUCUCAUUAGGAUGCUGCGACCCUUCGGUGGCGACACGAGGCUGACGCUAAUGCACUGUCAGCGCCAACUGCACAAGCUUAAGUGUCGAGGCGGGGGUGUACAACGGGACAACGAGAGCCCUAGAAGGUCAAAAUCAAGGCCGCCGUGUUUGCUGUGGAUGGGCACGAUUACGGGUUGCCCAGAAGCCUCCAAGCCCUCGUCGUUGUCGGUCACCACCUCUACUUCCCGCACCGAGACCGUUAAUGGAUCGCACCAAUUCAAGAUCAGUGGGUACUCGCUCUCAAAGGGGAUGGGGAUCGGCAAAUACAUCGCGUCCGACACGUUCAUGGUCGGCGGCUACGCGUGGGCGAUCUACUUCUAUCCGGACGGGAAGAGUAUAGAGGACAAUGCAAAUUACGUGUCGCUAUUCAUUGCGUUAGCGAGCGAUGGCACGGAUGUGAGAGCGCUUUUUGAGUUGACCCUCAUGGAUCAGAGUGGAAAGGAGAGGCACAAAGUGCAUAGUCACUUUGGUCGGACCCUGGAGAGCGGUCCCUACACUCUUAAAUACCGGGGGAGCAUGUGGGGUUAUAAACGCUUUUUCAAAAGAGCUUCUCUAGAGACAUCAGAUUACCUUAAAGAUGACUGCCUAUCGAUACACUGUAGUGUGGGUGUUGUCAAGUCAAAUACGGAGGGACCUAAAGAGUACAACAUAGCAGUACCACCUUCUAAUAUAGGUCAGCAUUUUGGGCAGCUCUUAGAAAGUGGAAAGGGAACUGAUGUAAAUUUUGAAGUUGAUGGUGAACUCUUUGCUGUCCACAAGUUGGUGCUUGCUGCUCGUUCACCUGUGUUCAGAGCACAACUUUUGGGUCCAAUGAAGGACCCAAACACCCAGUGCAUAAAAGUUGAAGACAUGGAGGCUCCAGUUUUUAAGGCAUUACUUCACUUCAUAUACUGGGAUGCCAUACCUGACAUGCAAGAGCUUGCGGGUCUCAACUUGAAAUGGGCUUGCACCCUGAUGGCUCAACAUCUGCUUGCAGCUGCGGACCGAUAUGGACUGGAGAGGCUUAGGUUGCUUUGUGAGGCUAAACUUUGUGAGGAUGUUGCCAUAAACACAGUAGCAACGACUCUAGCCUUGGCGGAGCAGCACCAUUGUUUACAACUGAAAGCCGUAUGUCUCAAAUUUGUAGCACUGCCUGAAAAUCUGAGAGCUGUGAUGCAAACAGAUGGGUUUGAAUACUUGAAGGACAGUUGCCCUUCUCUCCUCACUGAAUUACUGGAGUAUGUGGCUAGGAAUGGAGAGCACUCUGCUAGUGUUUGUGGAUAUGGGAAGGAUUACUUUCAAGACGGCACCGAUGUGAAUGGGAGGCGGGUGAAGCAGCGGAUAUACUGAUGUAGUGCCAAAGGAUUAUAACAUUCUUUGACUGCCGAUUGAAAGGAGUUGUGUUGUUCGACAUUUUUGCAUCUGCAUUAACCUUCCCAAUUUAUAAAAGAAAUUUGAGCUCAUUGCAUCAUUUGUUGUGUACCUUGGACUCCAAUGUAUGUACUCAUUAUUUGGGAGCCUUUGUGUGUUUCUUCCAUGUUUCCUCUGUAUUAAGAUUUCAUGAUUAAUCACUAUUAGUUAGCUGUAGAAAGCUUAAACCAUUCCUAUUA